AUGCAUUGGUCUACACAUGUGCCGUUAGCUGUUUCGGUGCAACUUGAAACCAAACUUCUCAGCCAUGACAGCAAACUAAGACUGUUGACACUAUGCAUGGUUGAAGAUAAAAACUGUCCAUUGAGCUUACUUUACAUUCGACUUGCUCGGGCACUACACAUCAACCAGACUACUUCCUUCAGAGGAUAUCCGAAGUUACUCUAAUAAGGUCUUAGGUCACCGGGUCAAGGGGAAACGAAGUGUAAGCACGCAUCAACUGGACGAGACAUCGCUAUCUUUAUCAUAAACCAAGGCGAUAUAAUACAUGUGUAUGCAUCUUCCUUAGAAUGUAAUGCACAGGACCCGUACGCUACACAUCUAACGUAACAAAACGGAACGUCACCACAUAUGUUUUACUGAAAUAGCAGAAGUCGGUCACGCCGAAGCUGCCGGACUUCACGUUACACUCGCAGUGAGCGGUUAUCUUCAACCAUAUAGUGUCAACAGUCUAAGUUUGCUGUCAUGGCUGAGAAGUUGGGUUUCAAGUUGCAAAGUGGGAAUGUGAUGCCAGCGAUUGGUUUAGGAACAUAUGCACCGAAACAGGGAGAGGAUGAAGUAAUAAAAGCUGUUAAAGUGGGAGUUCGUGCUGGGUACCGCCACCUUGACUGUGCUGCCAUCUACAGGAAUGAACGUGCGGUGGGUCACGCCAUCAAGGAGCUGAUCAUUGAGGACACAAUCACAAGAGAAGAUAUAUUUGUCACUAGCAAGUUAUGGAAUACCUGUCACAGACCUGACCUUGUGCUCUCUAGUCUGAAGAAGAGUCUAUAUGACCUUGGCCUGACCUAUUUGGACCUUUACCUUAUUCACUGGCCAAUGGGAUUACAGGAAGGUGGUGAGUUUCUGCCUAAGGAUGAAGAUGGCACAGUGUUAUUCUCAGAAGUUGAUUUUGUCGAGACCUGGAAGGCCCUGGAGGAUUGCGUGGAUGAGGGUCUUGUCAGAGACAUUGGUUUAUCAAACUUUAACAGUCAACAGAUAUCACAGAUAAUGGAAAUUGCUCGCAUACGUCCCAGUAACAAUCAGUGCCUACCAAAGAGCAAACAGUGUGUCUGUGUUCACCCUACAUGUUAUCAUUGUAGUGUUCACUUCACCCCACCUCUACAAGAACCAACAGUUCUGGAAAUAGCACAGAAAAAAGGAAAAACGCCAGCACAGGUCAUUCUUCGUUUCUUGCUUCAAAAGAAAAUCUGUGUUAUCCCUAAAAGUGUCACCCCUUCCAGGGUCACUGAGAAUUUUCAGUGUGACAGGAUAAGAGAUUAA